AUGAGACUGGAGGCCAUGAGACUGGAGGCCAUGAGACUGGAGGCCAUGAGACUGGAGGCCAUGAGACUGGAGGCCAUGAGACUGGAGGCCAUGAGACUGGAGGCCAUGAGACUGGAGGCCAUGAGACUGGAGGCCAUGAGACUGGAGGCCAUGAGACUGGAGGCCAUGAGACUGGAGGCCAUGAGACUGGAGGCCAUGAGACUGGAGGCCAUGAGACUGGAGGCCAUGAGACUGGAGGCCAUGAGACUGGAGGCCAUGAGACUGGAGGCCAUGAGACUGGAGGCCAUGAGACUGGAGGCCAUGAGACUGGAGGCCAUGAGACUGGAGGCCAUGAGACUGGAGACCAUGAGACUGGAGGCCAUGAGACUGGAGGCCAUGAGACUGGAGGCCAUGAGACUGGAGGCCAUGAGACUGGAGGCCAUGAGACUGGAGGCCAUGAGACUGGAGGCCAUGAGACUGGAGGCCAUGAGACUGGAGGCCAUGAGACUGGAGGCCAUGAGACUGGAGGCCAUGAGACUGGAGGCCAUGAGACUGGAGGCCAUGAGACUGGAGGCCAGAGGCUAG